UCUCUCAUAAUCAUUGAGAAACUUUUUACUCUUAAUCAUUGAGCUUUUUCUUCUUCAAGUGUUGUUUUUUUAAGUUAUUUUCAUUAACUGAUACUUUUUUUUUAACUCUUACAUUUAGCAUUACUUCUUUUGUUCUCUCAGCUUUUUACUUGAUUGAAUCCAUGUUGGGUUAUCAAGUAAUUGCUAGAGCUGUUUAUUGUUUUGGGUUUUUGAUGUUCUGCACUGGUUUUUUUGUUUGUUCGUGAAGUGCUUUUGGCUGUGAAAAGACUUGAACUUCCCAUAAAUUCGGUGCUUCAAAGAAGAGAAUUUGUUGGGUUUCUUUGCUUGUCUUAAUCUGGAUAAGGUUUAAGGGGCCCCUAAAGAGUUACUUUUGAGACUCAGGUGAAUUUUUGGAGAUCUGCAUGUUAUAGUGAAAAGGAUUAAGGAAGAUAGGUCGUUUUGUGUUUAAUUUUUCCUUGAAUUGAACUUUGUUUUAUUUGUAUUUGGUGAUUCCAUUGCAUGUAAUGGAGUCCUGGAGUUAUGUUUCUGGGGAGAAUGGAUCUGAAUCUGAUGCAGCAAAUUCAGCUUCUGAUUCUUUUGUAAGAAACAGAAAUGCCUUUAUGAAUUUGGAGUUCAAAGGUCCAUAUAGUUUUAGUAACAAUAUGAUAGUCUCUGGACAACAAACAAUUGAAAGCCAUGGUUUUGGAGAGUUGGGGUAUGGAGAAUUGAUAGGGAAACAGUUAACUAAUGGUUCAAUUGGGGAUGUUUUAAGUAGCAAAGUUAGUGAGGCUAGAACUGAAAAUCCAAUAUUGGCUACCCUGAAUACCUUUUCCGUGGACGAUGAGUCUAGUUCUAUGCUUUCAAGUUCUGUUGUAGACUCGAAUAGUCGGGAUUCUUUGCUGAUAGAUUUGAAGCUGGGAAGAUUUCCUGAUUAUAUAGAUGGCCAAAGUUCUAGUUUAUCUAUAGGAGCCCCCAUUUUAUCAUCAUGUGAGUCAUCUACACCCCCAAAGAGAGUUCGAGCGGCCGGAGCAAAUUCUCAUACUGCAUAUUGCCAAGUUUAUGGGUGUAAUAAGGAUCUCACUUCCUCAAAAGAUUACCACAAGAGGCACAAAGUUUGCGAGGCUCACUCAAAAACUGAAAAAGUUAUUGUUAAUGGAAUUGAACAAAGGUUUUGUCAACAAUGCAGCAGGUUUCAUUUGCUGGCUGAAUUUGAUGAUGGAAAGCGCAGUUGCCGUAAACGCCUAGCUGGCCACAAUGAGCGGCGGAGAAAGCCUCAAGUUGGUAUUCGAUACGGGAGAACCGGAAGGUUACUUCAGCCAUAUAAUGGCUUCGCUGGUGGCAGAUUUCAAGGGACUAUGCUGACAAAUACAUCCUUUAUUUGCCAAAAUGUUCGAACUAGUGGCCUUUUGCAUCCUGAGAAAUAUGUAACAAACGAAUGGGGCAAACGGAUAAAAGUUGAAGAUGGGACGGAUUUUAGCCCUCUUUCUGCCAUACCUGUCAAGAACGGGGGGCAUUUUGAGAAACAUUUUCCCUAUUUCCAUAAUGGACCUAGUGCAGUCACUGGAGGCAUUUUAGGUGAGAACAAUGCACGAUAUCCUCAUGGUUUUGAUGGGACUUAUUCCGGAUCACGGCCUUUGUUCCAAGGCACCUCCUCGUCAGCAAGUGAAGACAUCAAUGUUUUCGAUGCAGCAUUGAGCAUUCAGGGAUUAUCUGGGAUUUCGGAUUCUGUUUGUGCUCUCUCUCUUCUGUCAUCUCAAUCACACAGCUCUUCAAGCCACUCAUCAGGAAUUCCCAUGGCCCGUUCCCUGGUUAUUCCAGGCUACCAUAACCAUCACAUGACUCAAGUCUCGGAAAAGCUCGACAGAGUGUUGAAUACGAUCUCUUCAUCAGGGAUCAAUUCAACCGAAGGCAGUAACAUGGGUGCUAUACUGAUAUCUGAUAGUAGUGAAGCUGCCAACUUCAAUAUCACUGAUGGACUAUCAUGCAAAGAUGGACCAACGAUCAACUUGCUUCAGCUUUCAUCGCAGCUUCAGCGAGUGGAACAUCAAAGACAAUCUAUGCAAGAAGACAAUGAAAAUGAGACCUGCCUCCGAAUCAUUUAAGUACAGAUUAAGUUCAAUGUUGCUGAAAGCUGCACAGUUCUCGAGAUGUCCAAAUAGUCGGAGUAACAUAGAUGGAAGCAUGAUGAGAAAGUUCAGCAGCUGCUAACAGGAUUCCCCACCCCACCCCUCGGUUAAGUUUCACCUAGACUUUUACAAGUUAUUUUGUAAUCGAAAAAAAAAAUUGUUUGAUUAUGUUUCUCGAAUUAAAAAUGUUUUGAUGAACAAAAUUAUCAACAUUUCUCGAAUUAAAAAUGUUUUGAUGAACAAAAUUAUCAACA